GCCGAGCGUGGGGUCGCUGCUGGCCGCGGGGCCAGAGCCUCGGCCCGAGGCCGCGGCUGCCGCUCCUUCCCCUCCCGGCGGCGCAGCCCUCCUCAGGGAGGCGGCCGACGGGAUCAGCUCCCGGGCCGAUGCUGCUGCCGGCCUGGGAGUUAUGGUUCUACGGGCUCCUCACCGUGGGCUCCCACCUCUACGCGUUCUACGAAGCGCACCAAGUGUCCCGAAAGUAUGAAGCUGUGAUGGACAGAAUGUUUGGGCUGGACCCAGGAACUCUCUUUCGAGGCCUCAAAAAGGACUCCAUGGACUUUGAGUGGAGCUACUGGAUCGAAUGGGGAAGGGAACGUAUACUGUGGCUUCUGGCUGGUCACCUGCUGGUAUCACAAGUGUCCAGGCUCCUGGUGGAGAAGUAUAAACCAUGGUGCUUGAUGGUUUAUGGAAUGGCUGCCUGCUGGUUGUUACUGGGAAUCAAGGGUUUUGCUGUCAUUUUGUUACAUGCAGCUGUUUCAUUUGCUGUGGCUCAGUUUCAGCUGUCACUCCUGACGUGGUUGUGCUCCCUUAUCCUGCUGUCCACUUUACGCAUACCAACUGUGGAAGAAACCAAGAGGAAGUGGUACGACACUGAAAAUGAGUAUUAUCUGCUGCUCUUCACUGUGUCAGUCCGCUGCCUCUUCUGCACUAGCUUCAGCCUGGAGUACUGCUGGCAUGGAUCUACCCAGAAGUCACCCCACUCAUUCCCAUGGAUGCUGGCAUAUGUGUUUUAUUAUCCCACAUUCCACAAUGGACCCCUUAUGAAUUUUGAUGAAUUCAGUAAGCAGAUGAGGAGACAAGAAGCUUUCAGUGUGAAGAGCAAUCUCAUCAUCUUAAUCGUGGGCAUAAUUCGUAUUUUCUUUUGGUGGUGCCUGGCUGAGCUGAUGAUUCAUCUCAUGUAUAUCCAUGCUCUCUACAGUAGUGCUCUGCCUUUGGAGUCUGCAUCCUACUGGGCCUUGGGUGGCCUGGCUCUAGCUCAAGUACUGUUUUUUUAUGUGAAAUACCUGGUUCUGUAUGGUGUUCCUGCCCUCCUCCUUCAAAUGGAUGGACUCAAACCUUCAGCUCUGCCUUGCUGUGUGAGCCUGAUGCACAGUUUCACUAAAAUGUGGAGAAGUUUUGAUGUUGGUUUACAUCGCUUUCUGGUCAGGUACAUUUAUGUUCCAAUGGGAGGAUCUCAGUCCAGUUUGCUUGGAAUGCUAUUUUCUACAGCCCUCACUUUUGCCUUUGUAAGCUAUUGGCAUGGAGGACAGAGUUAUUUGUGGUACUGGGGCGCACUUAAUUGGUUUGGAGUAAUUGUGGAAAAUGGCAUCAAGAGGAUACUUUCUAUUUCACUUAUUCAAGAUUUAAUUGAACGUUUCUUCUCGCCAAGAAUUCGUCGUCGACUUCAUGCUGUCCUAGCAUCUGUUAGCACUUCAAUGUUGAUUUUAUCAAAUCUAAUAUUUCUUGGAGGAAAUCAAGUUGGAAAAAUCUACUGGAACAGGAUCUUUAUGGAAGGUUGGCCAUGGGCAACACUGACUGUUCUCGGGUUCCUGUACUGCUAUUCUCAUGUUGGAAUUGAAUGGGAGCAAAAGUAUGCUGCGACUUAGGAAUGAUGCAAACAAGUAUUUUUAAGGCAGGUUUAUGAUUUUUCUACACUGCAUAUCCUAUCUACAGAAGGGUGUGCCAGACCAAGAAUUCAGUCAUUGUGUUAAAAAAAUAAAGCUCGUUUAGUUGAUUUUGGAUUCCAAGUGUAGAAAACGAACCAGAAACAGUAAUGGUGGGGAGAAAUGAUGAAGCAUUUUGAGUUAUGUUAUUUUUGUAAAACACCAUCUCUGUACAUUGGAAGCACGCAUCUCAGAACAGGUAUUUUAUAUAUGUUGAAAAUUGUUUUAAUGUUUUGGUGCCUAUUUUGAGAUACUGAAGAAAAAAAUUCUUCUACCUUAGAGAAUUCAAAAAGCCCAAUCUCUAACAGCUGCUGUCUGGGAGCAUGGAGGGCUGUGCCCUCCACUUACACUACUCCAUAAAGGGCAUGAUGCUCAUCAGUUCUUCUUGAUUGCUUUCUGAUAUAAGUGAGAACAUUUUUGUGUUCUCAUUGGCUGCAGUAGUUCUGCCUUAAGCUACUUUUCUAUCGACUGUAGCAAAGCCUGCUUUUUCUUUUUUAUGGCUUCAUUUAAAAUUUUGCCUUUAAAAUAACACCCUUUUUUGGUAAUCUUAGGACUGGUUUUAUUUCUUUCUUUAGAAAGAGGGAGUAGGGAGGUAGGUCUUUUUUUAAGGAACAGCUUUUCUUUUUAAUCAAAUAUGCUCUUACAGCUUUAAGUGCUCUCUGCUUUAUGUUAGAGCUAAAGCAUAAAAUAUUACCCUUAUAAUGGGGCAAGUCCCACCUUCAAGGGAACUGUUCAGUCUGCCUCUUGUAUUGCUCUGUUAUGAAAGGAGAUAACUCAGGUCUGGGUGAAUGGUAAAUUUGUUCAGUUUGCUUCAUUCUCUGGUGUCCAAGCAAUCAGCUCCUGCAAUACUGAAGACACCCUAGGAGUAACUUUUUAAGACCUUGAGAAGAAAACAGAAUGGUCCAAUACAGUGACAUCAUAUUAGCUGGAAUAAAUUGAUGUUGAAGAGCAGCUAGAAGACCUUUAGUCUUUCUAAAGUUAGAUAUUCCCCCUAGGCAUGGUAAAAGGCCACCAGUUUUGGAGGGGACUUCUUCCAAAAGCAGCUUCCUCCACCCAAAGCAGAAGGACACGUGUCAAAACUUGUUCCAUGCCCCUGGCAGACAUUUCAGUCUGUUGGGAGGCACAUUUAGUGACCUACUGCAUCACUCCUGCAGCUUCAGCCAAGCCUGGUAUAGCUUAUCCCUUCAACAAGAAAUUCAGUCCCUGAGACAGGCUUCAGUUUAUUGCCUGUGUUUCUGAUGUAUCUGCUGCUCAGAACUACAAGAGCCUUCUUUUUACCCUCCAUUUGUUCCUGAAGAAGUAAGGGCAGAGGCUUCAGCUCUCUGUCCAUCCGGAGACAAGCACAUCACUUGCUCUUUCAAAGCAGAAGCUCCAGCCCUUUAUGAUAAGAUUCCCCCCUCCUCCCCUGCCAUGAGAAUGCCAUGGUUUCCUCUGGAAGCCCUUACUAGGAGACACCAUGGGCUGUUGAAAAUAAGACUUACCUUGAAUGCUGCCUGGCCAGAGACACGGUCCUCCUGAUUGACUUAAGAUGAUUUCAGGGAUUCUGUCAGCUGCAAAGUAGAUGGCUCUAAGCCUCUGAAUUUACUAAAAGGAUCUGAGAUUGGCCUCUAUUUUGGGGUAGCACUGAGCUAAGGGCAAGAACUUUCUCAAACUUUACUCAGACUUUGUACAUAAGUGGAAUUAGCAUUAGAGCAAAAAAGUCAUGAGUCUGUUCUUCAGUCUUAUUGAUUACUGUUAUUACAUGAAAUGAGGAGCUACUAAGUGAUUGGAUUCCAAUUUGUAUGCAUGCAAAACUUCCAGCUCCAAUAUGGAAAUGACCUUGAAGGUCAUACAAAGUAUCCUUAUUUCUGAACUAAAAUUGUUUUCUUUUUUUUCAGUGCUUUAUAUGUAUAUAUUAUAAUUUUGUAUCUUUUUCUGUUUGUAUAAAUAAAGCUGAAACGGACUGUUGGCUUGAGAA